GCAACUGCCGGCAAGUAGGCAGUGAGGAGAGGACAAAGCCACCCACCCACCGUGCCAGAGGAAGGAGAGUCUCCUCUGCUCCUCCCUCCAUGCUCCUGCAGUAGCCUCCAAAACAUCCAACGUCCAAUCCACUUCCAACAAGGUACCGCCACCGGCACCGUGAUCCGAAAUCCUCCAUCAGCGACAGCGACCUCGCAACGCGCAGCUCGACCAGGAGCGGGGAAUGGAGGAGGUGGCCGAGAAGAAGGCAGUGGUCUUCAGGCUGUUCGGCGUCGAGGUCCACGGCGAGGCAGCGGCGGCAGAGGAAGAGGAUGAAGAGCACUGCAUGGAGCUCAAGAAGAGCACCAGCAUGCCUAACCUCACCUCCAUCGCCCCGCUGCUGCUGCCCGGUGAGGCCAGCAACGACAAGGGCUACGCCUCCGACGACGAGGGGCACGGGUCCACGCCGCAGCUCAAGCGCCGCCGCCGCAAGGCGCACGAACGGAAGAAAGGGAUUCCAUGGACCGAGGAGGAGCACAGGAAGUUCCUGGACGGGCUGAAGCAGCUGGGCAAAGGGGACUGGAGAGGCAUCUCCAAGAACUUCGUCACCACCAGGACGGCCACGCAGGUGGCCAGCCACGCUCAGAAGUACUUCCUCCGGCAGACCAACCCCGGCAAGAAGAAGCGCCGGGCCAGCCUCUUCGACGUUGGCAUCGUCGCGGGCCACAGCUACGAUGAUCAGCUGCCAAGUCCUCAGAGUAUUGGAACCAAGCCUGCUCCUGCUGAGGAGAUACUCCAUACCGACCGUGGCGACGUUCAUGUACCAAGUUAUGCUGGAUUCAUGAGGGCCAACAACAUGCAGGUUGAUGAACUAACUAACCAUGUGAUGAAACGAUCAAAGUUUUCCGCCGGUAUGUCGCUCGCCGCCAUGGCCGCCUCCGGGCUGGAGCUGGCGAUGGCUUCAUCCGCCAGCAUCCUGGAGCUCAGCAUCGCGCCUCCUCAUCGCAGCACCAUGGGUGGCAUCAAGGCGCUGUGAUCUGACGAUCUCCAGUUGCCGGACAUGGCCAACGGCAGGAACCCGUGCCAGCUGCAUCAGCUGUCCGUGUUCUCGUUUGUCAUGCUAACUUUGUGUCCAUCGAUGAUCGUGCUUCAGCUAGUUUAUUUAUAUUGAGUAUAAAAUACAUAAGAAUUUGCUUGCGUCUUCGCUCUUCUAUAAGUUGGUGAAAAGGAUUCAGAUAUGUAGUAAGCAGCUGUAGUAGAAUUUGUUUGUAAUGUGCUACUAUUCCAAGAAAUGAAUGAAUUUAAUUCGGUGCUUGCA